AUGAGCCGCAACGCCCCGGGCUGCGUGGUGUUCGAGGAGCACAACGUCGAGGACAUCCUCGCGUUGGAAGCCAACCUUGCGUUCGCCAGGACGCCGGUCCCCAUCCACGGUUGCUUCAAGCGCCGCGCCGUAGUCAUCGACUGCGAGAUGGGCGGGGACCAGUUCGGCCAGUCGGAGCUGAUCCUGCUCAGCGUGGUGGACUUCUUUACCGGGGAGGUGCUGGUCGACUCCCUGGUGGACCCCUCGACCGCGGUCACGGACUGGCGCACGCGCUGUUCCAGUGUCACGGGCGAGGCCAUGGACGCGGCCAGGGCGAGCGGGAACGUCCUCCGGAGCUGGCAGGGGGCGUGGGAUCGCCUGCUGCAAUUCAUCGACUCGGAAACGGUCGUGGUGGGGUUCGCGCUCGAGAACAACCUGGAUCAGCUACGGCUGAUCCAUCCGAACGUCGUUGAUGCGCGGCUGGCGAUCCCGCGGCUCCUGGGCGGGGGGAAGCACGGUGUGCGUGCGUUGAUGGCGGAGCUGCUCGGCAAGGAUGUGCAGAACCCCGACAGCGACGGGCAUAACUGCCUAGAGGAUGUGUUUGCCGCAAGGGAACUCAUCCUUUGGUGUGUUAUGAACCCGGAGAAGCUGGAGGUGAGAAAGCUACAGAGUCAGCAGCUUCUCGACGCUCACAUCGAGCGCAUCAGAGCCACGGCGGGGAAGUGGCCGAAGCAGAUGGAGCUGGGCGACUAG